AUGUACGAUGAUACCAAGUUAAAAUAUGAUCAACUUCGUCAUCGUUCCCAUCGCCCUCACCAUAAUCACCAUCGUCAUCUGGACAAAGAUCAUGACAUACUCGAUUUUGAUGCGGAAGCCAUUUUGAAUUCUACGUUAAAGGAAAUGGCAUUGUCUACAGCAACAACAACAACAACGUCCAAUAAAGAUGAUCUGAUCAAUGUAGCGGUCAGCGAGUCAGAAGUAGAGGAACAACAAAAUAGAGCUCCUCUCUAUUCCGACGAUCUACCUGACCCAGCCGUAGAACGCCCAUCACUUGACAACGAUGAUCGUCAUAGCACGAGUAGUAACUAUAGUCGGCAAGAAGGUGAAAAUGUACAAGACGAGGAGGAGGAUGCUGUUGAAAGAGAUUUGAGGUAUUUUAGUGAGACAGCGUUGAAACAGCAGCAGCACGAAGUGAAAGAAGACACACAUGGCCACGAAUAUGAAGGACGUAACGAAGAGCAAGAAGCUGAAGAAGUAGUUGUAGUUGAAGAAGACGAAGAAGAAGAAGAAGAAUUAUUGGAAACGCAGCUGCUUCCUUCUGCCACAGCGGAUGCUAUGGAAACGUAUGUCAACAUUACGGAAAAUAUUUACGUAGGUUCAGCUACGGGUAAAUCCAUCGCAGAAGAAAGCAUGCCCUGCGAAUGUAAAUACAGACCGGAUAUUGACAAAAAUAAUCCAGACGCAGCAUGUGGUGAUGACAAUCACUGUAUCAAUCGUAUGAUGUUCAUGGAAUGUAUGGUGGAUGACUGUCCUUGUGAUAGAUAUUGCCGAAACAGAAGAUUCCAACUCAAACAAUAUGCGCGUGUUGAUGUUAUCAGAACAGAAAAGAAAGGGUUUGGUUUAAGAGCCCUGACAGAUUUGCCUGCUAACGCUUUCAUUAUGGAGUAUAUUGGCGAAGUCAUUACCAAUUCUGAAUUUAUCAAGAGGACAAAAGAGUACGAAGCAGACGGACUAAAACACUAUUAUUUCAUGACACUGAAAACAGAUGAAAUUAUCGAUGCUACAAAGAAAGGCUGCCUAGCAAGAUUCAUCAAUCACUCUUGCAAUCCUAACUGUGUAACACAAAAGUGGGUCGUUGGAAAAAAUAUGCGUAUUGGUAUCUUCACUCGUCGACCAAUUAAAGCGGGCUCGGAAUUAACGUUCGACUAUAAAUUCGAAAGAUACGGCGCCGUAGCUCAAAAAUGUUACUGUGAAGAGCCUAAUUGUAAAGGAUACAUUGGCGGUUCGCUAAAGUCAUUGGAUCUCAAUACCCUUACAGUACCCUCAGCAGCAGCAUGUACUGCAGAGAAAGUGGGAACGUUGAGUAGUAAGUCGAAACGAAAACGACGCUUGAGAAGACGAGCUUCUUUACUUCAAGGAGGAGACGAGAAUGGUACCUCUGAGACCAACGACCAAUUUCUAGAGCAGGAUGAUCUCUAUCAAUCUUCCUCUUCCUAUGAUGAUGAUGAAGAUGGUGACCUGUCGAGCAGUACUUCUUCUGGGUCCUCCAUGGAUGAAGACGACGACGACGCCGACGCCAGCGACAGCAAUGAAGACCUGAUCAGUAAUAAUAACAGGGCCGUCACUCUGACGCAAAAAAAGAUGCUGCGAAGUAUGCGAAAACGAAGAUCAUCAGAAAAACCAUUACAAGAUGUGGACAAGGUUCAGUCAUUUGUUAAACGUAUGCUUGAUUCUGUCGGAAAAUCACAUCUCGUCCUGAAACUCUUAUUACGUCUAGAAUUGACGGAAAAGAAAGAUGUUUUAAAGACAUUUGUUAGACUGCACGGCCUAAAGAUGCUCAAAUUCUGGUUGGGUGAAUGGAAAAAAAACGAUGACAUUUUGAUGAAGGUCCUUCAAGUACUAGCGAAACUACCUCUAGCGAAUCGUAAUGGGUUGGAAGAUGCUAAUAUGUUUGAAUUAGUGGAAAAAAUAACUCAGCCGGAACUUCAACCCAAUGAGCAAAUUCGACAAGUAGCCGAAGAGUUGCUGAAAAGUUGGAGCCAGCUGAAGAGUGUCUAUCGUAUUCCCAAACGUAUUUCGACCUUAGAUAGCAAAGACGGUAGUUUAAACGCUAAAGAUCCACAACUAGAGAUGGAGGGGGAUGGUAUGGAGGACAUCAUUGAUACAGACAGUAGUAGUGCCGGCCAUCAGCCCAGACUUCACUUUGUACCAGCGAGUGAACGUUAUGAUUCCAGCCGUGCUUUCUUUGAUCCGGACGAUGACAUCUUUGAACACCUAUCCUUCUACGUGGAUGUCCAUGAAUUACAAUGGAAAACAGAGUUUCCGCCGAAAUCAGUCAUUCCUACAGCUCCACGUGCCAUGAUUGAUGCAUGUUUGAGAAAUGGUUACUACGGCUACGUGAAUAGAUCAUCCCACUAUUCGUACAGUCAUCAUUAUCAUUCAAGGCACACGUCAUCACCCUCUACGGCUGCUGAACCACCGCCUUACAAAAAGCGACGUAUGCAGCUGAGACAACGUUCGGUCUCACCUACCAGUACUAUAACCUCUUCUAUUGCCAGUAUACCCAGUAGUUCUAAUAAUAAUACCACUACUAGUAAUAAUCUUGUUGAUAAUAGUAGAUCUUCCUCGCGGCCUUCCAGUCCACAAAACAAUCGUCAUUUUUAUUCUUCGUCUCAAAAUCAAAAACAGUCAACCAUGUCCUCUGCAAAUUCAAAAGCACUCCCUCCCCUAUGGAAGUCAGCUUAUGCAGAAGACGGUGCUAUUUAUUAUUAUCAUCGUCUUACCGGUAAAACACAAUGGGAGUUUCCGCGGGAAGAUCAAGAUAUUGAAGUGGAUGACCGCGAACGGCAGCGUAGUAGUCAUGCGGUUGUGAAAAGUUCCAUCGAAGGUGUCAAUCAAUCCGUUCUUGAAGAUCUUGUAGAGAAAACCAUUCAGGCCUCAGAAAAGAAAAGGAAGGAAGCUGCUGCUGCUGCUGCAGUAGGUAUGCUCAUUCAACAACAACAACAAGAAGAACAGCAGCAAAGCAAUAGUAGCACUCCAUUAGUAGGCUCCCCUCUAAGCAGAGAGAAUACGAUUGAUUCCAGCAGCAAACACAACGGAGGCAGCGGUGGUAUGGAUGAGACAGAACUGAAGAAAGAGGUGGGCAAAGUGGUGACAAAAUAUCUGUCAUCCAAACAGCAAUCAUUGUGGAAGGGUGACAAGUUCUUAUUCAAGGAAUUAGCGAGGAAGAUCACUCAUCAUAUUGUAGACCGCGAGACUCAGUCAUCGCGAAAGAUUAUGACUAUGAAUAGCAACGUUAAAUCGAAAAUUGAAAAAUUUAUUGAUAGCCAUGGAGCAGAACUUGUGCUCAAGGUACAACGAAAACCGUCUGCAUCGAGGCAAGGAAGCUUAAAAUUGCAUAAAAAGCUGUAA